AGUACCUAAAGUACCUGGAGAACCUGCAGUAUCUAAAGUACCUGGAGUAUCUAAAGUACCUGAAGUACCUGGAGUAUUUGAAGUACCUGAAGUACCUGCAGGAUCCCUCCGGACCUCCACCAUGAUCAAGUCCCUCAGCGUGUCCUCGGACGGAUCUCUCCCCUUCGAGGACGACGUGGACUCGGUGUGUUCGGACGAGCUGCUCGGGUCCCAGUCCCGCCGCUGGCUCUCGGAGCUGCUGACCGGGGACAUGCCUCCGGAGGCCGGGGACGCGAGCACCGUGGGCCGGGACGGGCUGUUCGUGGACUACCACUUCCCCCUGGGGGAGCUGGAGAUGAACCCCGGGGUGCAGUGGAAGAGGCCGAGGGAGCUGUGUCCGUCCCCUCAGUUCAUCGUGAAGGGAGCGUCACGCCUGGACAUCCGCCAGGGGAAACUCAACGACUGUUGGCUUCUCUCUGCCAUCGCCUCCCUGGCGGUGAACCCGUCUCUACUGGUCAAGGUGGUUCCUCUGGAGCAGAGUUUCCAGAACGGAUACAACGGGAGCUUCACCUUCAGGUUCUGGCAGUACGGUCAGUGGGAGGAGGUGAGAGUGGACGACUUGCUGCCGACUCAGGACAACAACCUGAUCUACCUCAGCUCCCCCGACAGACACGAGUUCUGGAGCUCGCUGCUGGAGAAGGCCUAUGCCAAGCUGAAAGGCGGCUACAGAGCUCUGGACAUGGGCCUGCCUCACGAGGCGAUGGUGGACAUGACGGGCGGCGUGUCCGAGGUGCUGAACAUCUCCCUCCUGCCCAGGAACCUGCCGGCCGUCCUCAAAAACCUUCUGUCGAAAGGAGCGCUCAUCAACUGCGCCAACUGUCAGGGUGCUCUGGAGAAAAGAAAUGAACUGGGGAUCAUGUACAGACAUGCCUACUCUGUGACAGCAGUAGAAAAGGUGAAGACGGCGUACGGCACCGUGGAUCUGGUGCGACUCCUCAACCCCUGGGGCAACACGGAGUGGGUGGGGCCCUGGAGCGACGUGGAAGGCCUGGAGUGGAGCACAGUGAGCCUGGAGGAGCAGAAGCGCCUGCAGCGAGUCCAACGGGAAGACGGCGAGUUCUGGAUGUCGGUGUCGGACUUUGAGAAGCAGUUUGAGACGAUGGAGGUGUGUCACCUGACCGACAGCCCGGACUCCGGCGUGCUGCCGUGGCGCUGCAUCAUGCUUCAUGGGAACUGGGUCCCGAGCGUCUCAGCAGGAGGAGCUCCCCAAGGAGGCUGGUUCUGGCAGAACCCUCAGUUCCAGUUCAUCCUGCCCGAGGGCGACAGCAGCGACUCGAAGAAGAGCUGCUCCUUCAUCUUGUCUCUGAUGCAGAAGCACCACCGACGCCGAGGCACGGACCUGUCCCUCGCCCUGCACGUGUUCCCGGUCCAUCCCAAAAAAACCUACUUGUCUCCUGAGGACCUGAAGGCCGUCCGCCCGGUCCUCAGCAGCACCCACUACUCCUCACGUCGGGAGGUGGUUCUCCGUGGUUCCCUUCCGCCCGGAUCCUACGUCAUCAUCCCCUCCACCUUCGAGCCCAACCAGCAGGGGGCGUUCCUCCUCCGGGUGCUGACGGAGCAGGGCAACACAGCCGCUCCAGCUAACAAACCACCACAAAACGUCAAUUCACAAACUGAGCCGUCACAUCCUCACCAGGCUGCGCUGCCUUCUCCCAAAUCCACCAGACUCCUGUUUAUGAAACACUGCAACAAGAAGGGGAUUUGCAAACCGCUGCAUCUCCACAGCCUCCUGACUGAGGCCAUACAGGGAGGAGUGUUGGCCGGCAGUGAGAAGAAUCUGGCUCUGGAGCACUGCAAGAGUCUGGUGGUCCUCACCGAUACUCAAGGCACCGCUCGGCUGAACUGGCGUGAGUUCCAGGGUCUGUGGGACAUGAUCAAGAGGUGGACGGACAUCUUCCUGGUGUUUGACAAGAACAAGACGAAGCGUCUGGAGUAUCAGGAGGUCGCUCCGGCCCUGAAGGCUGCAGGGAUCACGGUGGACGACCUGGUGAUGCAGCUGGUUGGCCUGAGAUACACCGAGCCAGACAUGACCAUCAGUUACCCCGGGUUCUUGUACCUGGUGAUGAAACUGGAGAGCAUGAUACAGAAAUUCCAAGCGUACGACGUGGCAGGAAUGGGAACGAUAGCAGUCAGCUACAGACGGUGGCUCCACAUGACCAUGUACAACUGACCUGCUCCACUCGCCAGGACUCACUCUGCUCUUCGUUGAUUUUCUCUUCACUGCUCGAUCUCAAUGUGUGAUUUUCUGUUGUAUUUGUGUAUAUGAACGAUGUCAAGUGUGGUUCAGUGACAGAAACACGAGGCAGACAAGGACAUGUUGUGCCUUUAGUUCCCGGGGUCAAAGGUCAAACACGGACGUGCUGCUGUGAUGUCAGUGAAGUUUAUGAUUCACUGUGUCGGUGACUUUUGAGCCUCAGUCAUCUCAGGGAUGAAUCUUUAAGAUGUUGACAUAAUUUCUGAGCCUGAAUUUAGAACGUUUGACUCCAAAUAACAACAAACUUCCGAACUAAUUUAUGAUAUUAAUUAAACGCUGUUCAACAUGAGAACUGACUCUUAUCCAUGAAGUCAAUCUUUGUGGCUUCAAACUUUCAUUUUCAUACCCAGUAGUUCAUCAUGUAUUUAACUGAUCAUUUCAUAGAC